AUGGACAGCGAAGACAUCCUCGCCGAGAUCCUCCUCCGCCUCUCCCCGACGCCUUCCUCCCUGCCUCGCGCGUCCCUCGUCUGCACACGCUGGCGGCGCCUCGUCACCGACCCCGGCUUCCUCCGUCGCUUCCGUGCCCACCAUCGCAAGCAACCAAUCAUCGGCGUAUUCUUUGCCUUGAACCGCGGCAAGCCAUCCUUCAGGCCGACGCUGGACCCGCCGGACUCCAUCCCGCCCGACCGCUUCUCCCUCCGGCUCGAGGGCGACGCCUGGCACUUCCACGGCUGCCGCCACGGCCGCGUGCUCCUUACCCGCAGCGACGUCUACGGCUUCUACAUCCAGCAGGUCAUGGUGUGGGACCCCGUUACCGGCGACAGGCGCCGCCUAGGCGUUCCACCGAGUGAUCAUGGAUGGAGCAGUUCCAGAGUGGUAGCGGCCGUGGUCUGUGGUGCUGACCGUGGCAAGGGCCACGUCGGCUGCCCCUUCAAGAGACCGGUAGCUGGGGCAAUUGUUGCGAUCAAACGAGAGAGAGAGAGAGAGUUUUGUGCUGCGUAA